AUGUGGGGGGGGGGGGGGGGGGGGGGGGGGGGGGGGGGGGGGGGGGGGGGGGGGGGGGGGGGGGGGGGGGGGGGGGGGGGGGGGGGGGGGGGGGGGGGGGGGGGGGGGGGGGGGGGGGGGGGGGGGGGGGGGGGGGGGGGGGGGGGGGGGGGGGGGGGGGGGGGGGGGGGGGGGGGGGGGGGGGGGGGGGGGGGGGGGGGGGGGGGGGGGGGGGGGGGGGGGGGGGGGGGGGGGGGGGGGGGGGGGGGGGGGGGGGGGGGGGGGGGGGGGGGGGGGGGGGGGGGGGGGGGGGGGGGGGGGGGGGGGGGGGGGGGGGGGGGGGGGGGGGGGGGGGGGGGGGGGGGGGGGGGGGGGGGGGGGGGGGGGGGGGGGGGGGGGGGGGGGGGGGGGGGGGGGGGGGGGGGGGGGGGGGGGGGGGGGGGGGGGGGGGGGGGGGGGGGGGGGGGGGGGGGGGGGGGGGGGGGGGGGGGGGGGGGGGGGGGGGGGGGGGGGGGGGGGGGGGGGGGGGGGGGGGGGGGGGGGGGGGGGGGGGGGGGGGGGGGGGGGGGGGGGGGGGGGGGGGGGGGGGGGGGGGGGGGGGGGGGGGGGGGGGGGGGGGGGGGGGGGGGGGGGGGGGGGGGGGGGGGGGGGGGGGGGGGGGGGGGGGGGGGGGGGGGGGGGGGGGGGGGGGGGGGGGGGGGGGGGGGGGGGGGGGGGGGGGGGGGGGGGGGGGGGGGGGGGGGGGGGGGGGGGGGGGGGGGGGGGGGGGGGGGGGGGGGGGGGGGGGGGGGGGGGGGGGGGGGGGGGGGGGGGGGGGGGGGGGGGGGGGGGGGGGGGGGGGGGGGGGGGGGGGGGGGGGGGGGGGGGGGGGGGGGGGGGGGGGGGGGGGGGGGGGGGGGGGGGGGGGGGGGGGGGGGGGGGGGGGGGGGGGGGGGGGGGGGGGGGGGGGGGGGGGGGGGGGGGGGGGGGGGGGGGGGGGGGGGGGGGGGGGGGGGGGGGGGGGGGGGGGGGGGGGGGGGGGGGGGGGGGGGGGGGGGGGGGGGGGGGGGGGGGGGGGGGGGGGGGGGGGGGGGGGGGGGGGGGGGGGGGGGGGGGGGGGGGGGGGGGGGGGGGGGGGGGGGGGGGGGGGGGGGGGGGGGGGGGGGGGGGGGGGGGGGGGGGGGGGGGGGGGGGGGGGGGGGGGGGGGGGGGGGGGGGGGGGGGGGGGGGGGGGGGGGGGGGGGGGGGGGGGGGGGGGGGGGGGGGGGGGGGGGGGGGGGGGGGGGGGGGGGGGGGGGGGGGGGGGGGGGGGGGGGGGGGGGGGGGGGGGGGGGGGGGGGGGGGGGGGGGGGGGGGGGGGGGGGGGGGGGGGGGGGGGGGGGGGGGGGGGGGGGGGGGGGGGGGGGGGGGGGGGGGGGGGGGGGGGGGGGGGGGGGGGGGGGGGGGGGGGGGGGGGGGGGGGGGGGGGGGGGGGGGGGGGGGGGGGGGGGGGGGGGGGGGGGGGGGGGGGGGGGGGGGGGGGGGGGGGGGGGGGGGGGGGGGGGGGGGGGGGGGGGGGGGGGGGGGGGGGGGGGGGGGGGGGGGGGGGGGGGGGGGGGGGGGGGGGGGGGGGGGGGGGGGGGGGGGGGGGGGGGGGGGGGGGGGGGGGGGGGGGGGGGGGGGGGGGGGGGGGGGGGGGGGGGGGGGGGGGGGGGGGGGGGGGGGGGGGGGGGGGGGGGGGGGGGGGGGGGGGGGGGGGGGGGGGGGGGGGGGGGGGGGGGGGGGGGGGGGGGGGGGGGGGGGGGGGGGGGGGGGGGGGGGGGGGGGGGGGGGGGGGGGGGGGGGGGGGGGGGGGAAAUAGGGGGGGUGGGGGGGGGGGGGGGGGGGGGGGCGGAGUGGGGGGGUGGGGGGGGGGGGGUGGGGGGGGGGGGGGGGGGGGGGGGGGGGGGGGGGGGGGGGGGGGGGGGGGGGGGGGGGGGGGGGGGGGGGGGGGGUGGGGGGGGGGGGGGGGGGGGGGGGGGGGGGGGGGGGGGGGGGGGGGGGGGGGGGGGGGGGGGGGGGGGGGGGGGGGGGGGGGGGGGGGGGGGGGGGGGGGGGGGGGGGGGGGGGGGGGGGGGGGGGGGGGGGGGGGGGGGGGGGGGGGGGGGGGGGGGGGGGGGGGGGGGGGGGGGGGGGGGGGGGGGGGGGGGGGGGGGGGGGGGGGGGGGGGGGGGGGGGGGGGGGGGGGGGGGGGGGGGGGGGGGGGGGGGGGGGGGGGGUAAGAAUAUUAUAAUAUGA